AUGGCACCAAGACAGCAGAAGACCAAGAUGGGUCUUGCAGAGAUUCUUGAAGGACCUGAGGGGAAAAAAUUAGGUAGCGUCUUCGACAUUCCUCUCUGUUAUCGACCAGAGGUACCUGCUACCCCAAAACUACCACAGGGAAAGUUCACCCCAUCCUUCUCGCUGCCAAAUGGAGCUGGUCGGAAUACUCAACAGCCCAAGGCGGUAUUGAACGGCACACACAGAGCCAUUACUGUUGAGAGUAACGGCAAGAAGUGCAGCAAGAUCAUCGUUGAGGUCAACUUCAAGGUAUACAAGUUUCAUCUCUACUAGCUCUGAGCUUCUAUGUUUGGGCUAUGGAAAUACCAGUAUCUCCUUUCUAAGACCCCUCCCAGCUUCCGAAUAAAAGAGAAAUAGAUAUUCUAAUGUAUCUUAGUGGGAGAGCCCAGUCUCUGUUCUUCGUGAGAAUGGUCCGAAUGACUGCAGAAUUAGUUACGAAAUCCUAGGUGCCCUUAAACAAUACAAGGAGAGCGCCAAUCGCGUCACCAUUACGAUCUUCUACCAACACGUUGAUGAGGAAACUGAGAUAUUGAAGCGCGAACAAACUCUAUAUCUCAACAAGCUGGUAAAUAUCUUGAAGGAUUUCAACAUCUCAUUCUUGAAGAUCGCGAUCUCUACCCAGACUGGCAAGGAGGAGUUCAGCCAAACAAAGGACUUUUCCUGCUUCUACCGCCUUCAGGUCCCUAUCCGCGAGCUCUGGUUGAGCAUCAAGGAUAGCAAGGAUUAUAAGCAGAUUUCCAUGAUGAGUCCUUUGGCCCGACGUAUCGAGGGAGUGGUCAAGGCUAAGGCCAACAAGGUACAGGAGAGAAAGGAGCAGGCAGAGUCCGCUGCUGCUGCUGCGUCCAAGGCCAAGAAGGCGCGGGAGGAAAAGGGGGACAAGGAGAAGGGACAGACUUCUUCCGCAGCUGGUACCGGUAAAGCUGCCUCGAAGUAA